UAGAACAGGUAUAGAAAGUAUUUUAGUCUCUCCCCCAUUGGUCACACUGGCUUAUUAAGCCCUUCGUCAUGAUUUAUUUCACAAUCUUCCUUCUUCUCUGUAAAAUCCACCAAUUGAAUUGAAUCGAAUCCCUUUGAUCGGGAAUUGAAUCAUCAUCAUCAUCAUCGAUUAUCUUUUCGAUUGUUAAUUGAGCAGGCAGGUUGGUUGGUUGAGAGAUUGGAUUGGAUUGGGUUCCAUGACGUCAGGUACGCGGCUUCCGACAUGGAAGGAGAGGGAUAACAACAAGAGAAGAGAGAGAAAGAGGAGAGCUAUUGCGGCUAAGAUCUACAAUGGCUUGAGAAUGCACGGAAACUUUGAGCUACCUAAACACUGCGACAACAACGAGGUCCUCAAGGCACUUUGCAGAGAAGCUGGAUGGAUCGUAGAAGAAGACGGCACCACUUAUAGAAAGGGAUGCAAGCCAGUUGAAAACAUGGAUAAUAAUAAUAAUUAUAUUAUAGGCGGUGGUGGUGGUGGUGGAUCUGGACCAGGAUCAGUAUCAGCAAGCCCUCCAUGUUCAUCAUCAUCAUAUCAACAGAGUCCAUGCAUGUCCUACAACCCUAGCCCAGCAUCUUCUUCCAUCCCUAGCCCAGUUGCAUCUCAUCAUCUUCAUUAUGCUGCUGCUGCUAAUAAUCAUAAUAAUCAUCCCAACAACUCCUUCAUUCCUUGGUUUCUGUCAUCUGGUGGAUCAUCCUCCUCCUCAUUCAACCGACUCUUCAGUACUCAUGGAGGUGGUUCUAUAAGUGCGCCUGUCACCCCUCCACUGAGCUCCCCUACUUCUCGGAUCAAUGAUGCAGCAUGGGGGAUUACCGGGGGAGGAGGAGGACAUUACUCGGCUUUCCUACCCUCCUCUGGUGUUCAGACACCUCAAGAUGGGACUGUGUCUCCUACUUUCAGCCUAGUAUCGUCUAACCCAUUUGGCUUCAAGGAGGCCUUAUCUGGUCCUGGUUCAAGGAUGUGGACUCCGGGUCAGAGUGGAACAUGCUCUCCUGCAAACUUACCAAUCUCGGAUGAUGAUGAGAUGGCAGGUACCGAGUUUGCAUUUGGAAGCAACCCUAUGAUUGGGGUCGUAAAUGCAUGGGAAGGAGAAAGAAUACAUGAGGAACAGGAUUGUGCUGCUGAUCAUCUUGAGCUCACUCUCGGAAACUCAAAGGUAUGUACUUUUUUGUCCUCUGUUUUUGUUGUUAAUAUUUAACUUACGUUUGCCUUUUGGUUUUGGGUUUUCAGGUGCGAAGAUUUUGAAGAGUUAUGUCCCUUUGUUCUUAUAAUAUUUACCACUUCAAUUACACCAUUGUCAUCACCUGAAAUAGACUUUAUUUGAAAGAAACAAUAGAGAGAAAAUAUAUAAGUUAUAUAUAUUCUGUAGAAUUAAUUGGCUUUGCUUGGCUGGGAAUACUGUAUAUUACCAUUACCUGAUUAAAUUACCAUUACAGUACCUUUUUCACAA